GAAGAGCCUCUGUAAACCAUUUAAAAGAAAAAUAGAUUUUUAAAUUGGUCCUUCGAGACGUAAUUUUCGAGUCCAAUUUGUUACGUCUUUAGAGAUAUAAGUUUUACACUUAAGUCUGUGUCUAAUCAGUGCUUACAAUGGUACGGUGUUGCCUUCAAAAUACCUACAAUCAUCAUCAGAAUAAAUCAAUUUGGGGGGUAACGUUACAUUUCCGCUAUUUCUAAAAAUAAAAUCGGGCGACCUUUUGUGUCCAAAAUGUUACGUCUCGAAAAAUCAAUUUUUUUACGAUAACGCUGUUUACUUUCACAUAUCGGUUGCGCAAAGGCGCCGGAAAAUAACUGCACACAUUAUUUGAUGACGUAGAACGCAUUCAACGAAUUUGUGUACACAAAAGCUGACAACAUGGCCGAAUCUUCGACACGAGUUCGGGAGCUCGAACAGUCUCUGUGUAAGCAGACCAAGAAGUCGGCCAUUGACCAAACCGAGCAGCCAUCCAGUGACCAGACAGCCAAUGACCCGACCAAGCAGCCAGCCAGUGACCAGACAGAGCACAUAGCCAGUGACCAGAUGACUUCAUUCAGGGAGCUUGAGCAGUCUCUGUGGAAUUGGACUGAGCAGUCAUCCAGCAACCAGUCAGAGCAGUCAGUCAGAAACCAGACAGAGCAUUCUGAUAGUGACCAACUCGAGCAGUUGGCGAGCAAGCAGACCAAGCAGUCAGCCAGUAACUAUGUCGAGAUGUUACCCAGUGAUGAAACUGUAAAGAAGUUCAAUGAUGUGACCAGACAACCACCAAGCUCCAAUACUGAACAGAUAAUCAGGAUUUGUGCUGGAGAUUACAUAUUGAUCAAACAUGGUAGAAGUUUUCUUCCUGGUGUAGUGGAUGAAUGGCCGUGGGUCAUAUUCUUCAAGAAAUAUAAAGAUAAUGCAUGGGUUAUGAAUGAAAUAAGGCAUACCAUCCUUGAAUCAGAUAUCCAGAGAAAGUUGGAACCACCUAAAGUGUCCAAGCUAGGUCGUCGGCUACUUUACAGAUUUGAAAGUUACAAGGAAGACAAGUGAAGCAGAGAGAGAGGGAGAAAUACCAUGUUUGCAGUUUAGAGUUUGCUGUUGUUUUAGUCUGUGAAAAUCUCAGAAUAAAUAAUAUGUUAAUUAC